CUCAGUUCUGGCUUAGCUGCCAGAGGAGAAGGUCGAUAAUGGUGUUUCGCUGGAGUUUUUUUCGAGACCGCAUUAAUCGCAUUGCCGCAUGCAGUCCUGCACUGAAUAAAUUAACUUUUAAUGGAUGUUUUUUUUUCUAAAUUGGAAUCAUUUUGCAAUGCGACCAUUUACUGCCGGGACUAACGUAGAAGAUUCUUCUUUCGAAAGGGAAAGUAAUGGCAUUGCUGUGCAUUCCUGGUAUAGAAAGUUUUCUUAAGAAUUCGCACAAUUCAGGACAUUAAGGAAUGCGAACUUUUUCUUGAGUAUAUAUAAGUCGCUCGUUGAAUAUACCAGAACGUUACUACAGCGAAUUGUCGAGUUGAAACGCAACAUAUGUCCGGGCUACUGUAGCGCAGGAGAACAGUGAUGUACACUUUGCCAGAAAAACCGCUUUUUAUUGAUGCACCCGCUCCCCCGCGCCGAGGGACUACGACAAUCCUUUUCAAUGAUGUAUUGAAGUUUCCUCGUGCAAGACAGUUGUUGGUGGUGAAAUGAAAAUGGUGAAUGUUCGAGGAGUUACGGUGCUGUUGGUGCUGCUGCUCUACUUGCUGGUGUUCCUGCUGGCGACGGCAGUGUUGCCAACGGCGGCCAACUUCAACCUUUAUCUAACCCAGGCGGAAGUGAAGAGAAUAUUGGGUCUGACGGCAGAGCUGUUCUACGUGCGGGAGGGGGUCGUUAACGAUUAUGCAUUAAAUUGGGUCGUUCCUGUUCCUGCAGAUGUGCACUCGCUAUACUUCACAUGGGAAGCCACCACCAAGAAACAGGUGUUGUACAACAUGGACAUCCACGUCAACGAAACCCAAAUGCCGGACGAAGAGGCGCCCUUGGCACCUCCCGCCGUCAACGUGUCCCUGGCGGGAGUCAUCCCCGAGGAAGCGGAAACCUUCAGGUUCGACCUUCCUUGCACGGGGAGCAGGAGCGCCGAGGUUUACGUGACGUUGAACAUCAACGUGACGUCACCCAGACCUCGACAGCCACCAACGGUCCUCCAGUUCAAGAGACGCAAGAUCUGCCUGGAAGGGCAAGCGGCUGAGGUAUACUCUCCCCAUCUAGCUUCUGAGGGAGACGACGGCGAAGGAGACGCCGAAGAAGAAGAGGAGGAGAGGAGAGACCCGCUACCUGCCUACUAUUACGUCGUCUCGGUGUUGGCGGGUGUCACCUUGGUCAUUACUGUCCUAGGUGUCGUUGCCUUCGUCAGGAGGCGAGGGCUGAAGAGAGAUACAGAUCACAGGAUACUGAGCGUCAGCACAAGAAUCAUCAAACAGGGCAGCAGCAGCAUUCCCAACUCCUCCCUCCUGAAGGCGAAACCGACGAGCCCCGAGAAAAACAACACCUACGUCAUGCCCUCGUCCCUCACCAUCAACUCGUACGCCUCCGUCAGGAAGCUGACCACGCCCAUCACUCCACUUACCCCUUCCCACCCGCACAACUCGACGUCGGUGUCCCUCACGCCCUGCAGCAGGAGGAGCUGCACUGGGGAGGUGUACAACGCCAGCAGGGACAGCAAAGACGGAGGUCAGACGGUGAGUUCGACCAGUCGGUCGGAAGUCAUUGUUGACCCCUCGACCGCAGAGCUUCAUGAGAGGUUUAGGCAGAUGGAGAUCGAACGCCCCCGAGUUCGCCUGACAGCCGUUAUCCAGGAGGGCACUUACGGCAGAGUCUUCAGGGGCUGGAUCCAGAGGGACCACCCGGAGCAGGAUCAACAGGUCCUGGUCAAGACGGUGACGGAGGGCGCCCACCACGACGACCUGGUCGCUCUCUACAAGGACGGGACGCACCUCUUCAACCUCUACCACAGGAAUGUCCUGACGAUGGUGGGGGUGUCCUUUGCGGACAACUCCUCGCCCUUCCUCAUCUACCCUUUCCAUGGAUACCAGAAUCUCAAGCAGUACUUGCAGCAUCACAGGGGCGGCCAUCUUAGGGCAACGGAGCUGGUGGAAUUGGCAGUCCAAGCCGCCCACGGUCUCUCCUUCCUGCACACGGCCAAUGUCGUCCACGGAGAUCUCGCCACGAGAAAUUGCGUUGUGAGCGAGAAACAGCAGCUGCGCAUUACAGAUGCUGCCUUAUCCCGCGAUCUCUUCCCAUCCGACUACGAGAGCAUGGGAGCAGAGCCCGGUCGCCCCAUCAAGUGGAUGGCUUAUGAGGCCAUCAAUGAUAACAUCGUAUCCACUGCCAGCGACGUCUGGUCCUACGGAGUAUUCGUGUGGGAACUGACGACCUUAGCGCAGCAGCCGUACGUCGAAGUGGCAGCCUGCGAGAUGAGCGAGUACCUUCGAGAUGGGUAUAGGCUCGCCCAGCCUCUCAACUGCCCGGAUGACCUGUACAAGGUCAUGGCCUUUUGCUGGGCCAUCCACCCGAAGGACAGACCCCACGUCAAGCUCAUUCUGGACUAUCUCAACGCUUUCCAAAAACAGCUCAACAGUUUCAUAUGAUAUAAGGAGAAGAAGGUGCUCAAGGGAGGAGGAGGAGGAGGAGGAAGAGGAGGAGUGGAUGAUAAGCAUAAGAGAGGGAAGAAGGGAGAAGGCUGCGAAGAAGAUUAAAUUUAAGGAAAACGAAGAAGAAACAAAAGAGCAUGUAACGAAAGAAAAAGAGGAGAAUACAUAGACUCGUUCUAUUUUAAACUUCGGCUUAAUGGAACAUAUUUAUUUAGAAAUAAAAGAAGAAUUCCUUAUGAAGAAAAAAGUUGGGCAAAGAAAAGGCUCAAAUUUACAAAUGCUUUUAAAGUGGGCUCAGUUUAGCUCUUUUGCAAUUUCAGUGUGCAAAAAAUAAGAACAUUGGAGAAUGCUUGCAAAUGUAACAUAUUUUAACCAACAACUAUUAAUUAACGAGAGAAAGUUGAAAUGAAAUAAUAAAAAAAAGUUUGUUUUCGAUCUUUGGAAAUUAAUAACGAGCAAUAAUAGAAAUGAAAUAAUGAGCCGGAAAAAAAAGUUUAAUUU